AAUGGAUUACAUGGCAGCAGGCAUAUCAAUCCCUGAUCCUGACAUGGAGUUUGACAAGAAUGUACCCCGAAUAUGUGGCGUCUGUGGAGACAAAGCAACUGGAUUCCACUUUAAUGCAAUGACGUGUGAAGGCUGCAAAGGCUUUUUCAGGAGAAGCAUGAAGAGGAAGGCAAAUUUUACGUGCCCUUUUAAUGGGGAAUGUCGCAUAACCAAAGACAAUAGACGACACUGUCAGUCCUGUCGGCUGAAGCGCUGUGUUGAUAUUGGCAUGAUGAAGGAGUUUAUCCUCACAGAUGAAGAGGUCCAGAGAAAGAGGGAGAUGAUACUGAAACGUAAAGAAGAAGAAGCACUGCGAGAGUCUCAAAGACCUAAAAUGUCAGAGGAACAACAGAAAAUUAUUAGCAUGCUCUUGGAAGCUCAUAAGAAGACCUUUGACACAACUUAUUCAGACUUCGCGCAGUUCAGGCCUCCAGUCAGAGAAACUCCGACAAGAAGAAUUACUAGAUCGUCAUCUGUUCAAACACAGAGUUAUUCUUCAGACUCGGACCCCUUCAAUUCUUCCCCAGAACCAUCAGAAAAUUUCUUUUUUCCAAGCUCCUUAUUCAGCGACUGCAGUAGUGAUGGUUUGCCUGGGGAUUCCACUGACCUAUCAAUGCUACCACACCUUGCAGAUCUGGUCAGCUACAGCAUACAGAAAGUCAUUGGGUUUGCCAAGAUGAUACCUGGCUUCCAUGACCUCACUGCAGAGGACCAGAUUGCUUUGUUGAAGUCAUCUGUUAUCGAAGUUAUAAUGCUGCGAUCUAACCAGUCCUUCUCCCUGGAAGACAUGUCCUGGACAUGUGGCAGUGAAGACUUUAAGUACAAGCUUGAUGACGUGACACAAGCUGGUCAUAACUUGGAGCUUCUGGAGCCUCUGGUAAAAUUCCAGGUGGGGUUGAAGAAACUGAACCUGCAUGAAGAAGAACAUGUCCUCUUGAUGGCAAUCUGUAUUCUUUCACCAGACCGCCCAGGUGUGCAGGAUAAAGCACUGGUUGAAGCCAUUCAAGAUCGCCUCUCUUCUAUCCUUCAAACCUACAUCCUUUGCAAGCAUCCCCCACCAGGAAGCCGACUCUUGUACCCUAAGAUGAUCCAGAAACUGGCUGACCUACGCAGCCUAAACGAGGAGCAUUCCAAGCAGUAUCGCUUCAUCUCUUUCAAGCCGGAGCAUACCACACUGCUCACUCCACUAGUGCUGGAGGUCUUCGGCAAUGAAAUAUCCUGAGUUUGAUUUACGACUUUCAUUUUAAUAGAAGUAAUUUGGUGUAUCCAAGUUAAGUUGGGUCUUAAUUCUAUUUUCUUCUAUGGGAAAUAACUAGGUUCCUUUAAUCAGAAGAUGAUUAGCUUGCCAUUGUAUAUAGUGCACACUAUUUAAAAAGACCCACCUGGAUAAGCUAGAUUGGAUGGUUAUAGUGCAUUCUUUAAUUCUGCUACAAAAAGGGGGUUAACCUCCUUUGCCAUGCUGUUGACGUAAUGUACCAAUUUUACAAUGCUUUGCCAUGUUGUGUGCCUUCUAGACAGUUAAUGUCAAAUCUUGUAAACUUGAUAUUUUUGGUCCAUAUGGACACGCCUCUAUUUAUAUAAGCCAUUGUUCACAUUGAUCUCAGACUUUUGAAUCUCAAAGUCAUGUGCCAAAUCAUUAAAAGACUCUAAACACCUUACCUUCUUUAAAUUAUAUCUUCGAAUGUAAAUACAUUUUACUACAGCAGUUUAACCAAAGUGUGUAUGUGCUUCAUAUAGAGCAGAAUUGUCCAUGCAUGUACUUUAUAAAGAGCCACAUUUUAUUGCUCCAGUAAGAUUUAGUGGAUAAUUUUUAAAUGAAAAAGGGUUUGUUUGGAAAAUGUAUAUUUUUCUAUGCAUAGGGAAUUCUAUUUUAAAAAAGAUAAAAGCCUUUUGUUCACUUAUAAAGGA